AUGGAUUCCGACGGAUUGCAUGAUAUGCCCCCUCCAAUGCCGGAUCAACCUCUAAUUAUUGACCACUUGCCCAGUCCUCAGCCUAACGCUCCAUUCUCCAACACACACACAAACCACACCCAUGGACAUAGAGAAAACCUCUUCUGUCCUCAGUGGCUUGUUAACAGAGAAUGGAACAAUCAAACGACACUGAAGGAUAUUAAUGAUGUAUUCAUGCGCAGGAAUAUUCCUGGGAUCUACUUUAUCAGUCUUCAGAUGGUGCUGAGCUUCAUCGGAAAUGUGUUUGUUCUUUUGUUGUACAGCCAGAAGUCGAGGGUAUCCAACUACCGCGUGUACGUUCUGUGUCUGGUGGUGCUGGACCUUAUCAGCUGUUUCUUUGUGAUGCCGUUCGCGAUUCUUUACUUGCAUUAUCCUAUUAAUUUCCCUUCUAACUUUAUUUGUAAGGCGGGCUAUUUCCUGGGAUUUUUCGUAUAUAUUGCGUCAUCGCUAGUCUUAGUCCUCAUUGCCAUUGAUCGCUUCCAGAAAGUCUGCAGACCUCUGAAGAAACAACUAACGGAGCAACAGGCCAAACUUAGCUGUUUGUUCGUCUGUGUGUUCGCUCUUGGUUUCUCCUGGUUUACACCUCUGCUGUAUGGGAAUUCCAAAGUUAACACUCAAAUUAACAAUGUCAAAGGAACGCGCUGUUUUCUAGAAAACGACCCCCUGACCAUCACGAUCGCCCAGUGGAACUACAUUGCCCUGACAGCCAUGUUGGUCAUUGUGACUCUUUUUCUCUGUGUCCUGUAUUCUCUAAUUCUGCGAAGAAUCCGAAUUCACUCAAAAUACUCCACAGUCCGAACAAAAAACCGCCAAAAAGGGCAGAAGAAAAACGUCAACAUCGGGAAAACAACGAUGACAUUUUUGAUUAUUUCUGUUGUGUACCUAAUCAACGCUCUGAUUCAUGAUGUCCUAGCACUUGUUCUGCACAUCCAUGAAAACCUGGAAUGUUCUAUGGGUUUCUAUGGCGGUGCUCUGUAUAACAUAUUUCUGUGGACUAUUUUCCUGAACCAUGUUUCCAACCCGUUCAUAUACGGUCUAUCUGAUGAUCGAUUUUCUACCAUGUUCAAAGGAAUGCUUCAAAGAAACGGGGCCCGGCGAGCAUCCUUCAGUAGGAAUUUUAACGCCUCCAUGGCAUCGAUCACUAAGGACACGUUCCAGCAAUCGUUUUCAAAAAAACUCUCCAGUCAGACAAACAAGAAAACGCCUGACGAACAGUGAGGAACUGAUUUUAUUUUCGGUAUAUCUAGUUUUCCAACUUCCCAGCAAUAAAUUAAAGUGCAGACUUGUUAAAUGUCUUUAACAUUGCGUAUUUUUGUUGAGGAAUUUGAAUUUGUAACAAUUUCUUUUGCAUUUUGUAUUCUACGCAGUAAACGUCUCUUUUUUUCU